ACAGAAAACCCAAACGAAGAGAGUUGUUAUGGAUUACUUUGAUCUUGAGGUCCCAUUCACAAGCUUGGAAGAACACCAUUCUGAUAAGAUUUCAGCUCUCUUCUCUUCAGAAUCUGAUCAUAUGCCUUCUCAGAACUAUUUUCAAAGUUUAAAGACCAGUGAUUUCUACGUUUCUUUCCGACAGGAAGCCAUUUCUCUCAUUUUGCAGGUUGUUUUAGUUGGUCAGGCACAGUAUUCUUGUAACCUUGAUCCCUACACGCCAUACCUGGCUAUUAACUACAUGGACCGGUUCAUCUCCGGGCAACAAAUGCCGCAAGGUAGCCCAUGGGUUCUGAGGCUUCUUGUGAUAGCUUGCAUUUCUUUGGCUGCAAAGAUGAAGGAAAUACAUUUCUCUUCCUCCAAUUUCCAGAGAGAAGGAGGAUUCAUCUUUGACGCUCCAGUUAUCCAACGAAUGGAGCUUCUGAUUCUUGAUUCCCUGAAUUGGCGAAUGAGAUCAAUAACACCCUUCUCGUUUAUCUAUUUCUUCAUAUCUUUGUUCGAACUAAAAGAUCCACCUUUGACUCAAGCUUUAAAAGAUAGAGCAACAGACAUAAUCUUCCAAGCUCGUAAUGAAAUCAAUCUAUUAGAGUUCAAACCAUCAAUAAUUGCAGCAUCAGCUCUUCUUUUGGCAUCUCAUGAGCUAUUCCCAUUGCAGUUUCCAUCUUUCGAAACCUCAAUUUUGUCUUAUGAAUAUGUGAAUAAAGAGAACCUGUUGAAAUGCUUUAAUGCAAUGCAAGAGAUGGUGAUUAACGAAAUGAGCGAGUCAAUUGUAGAUACGGUGUCAAGCUCAAGUAUAAGAACCCCAAUAAAUGUUUUGGACUGCCACUGCAACAAAUCAGAAAGUGAGAGUUCCACUAGCAACAUGGCUGCCACAGCAAUGCCUGGAAAGAGAGAAAUCAAGCGUCGCAAAUUGAACGGUUUUUGCAGUGAAAGUAAUAGGGUGAAGAUUUCCCAGAUUCAACCAUGUGGAUAA